AUCACUACUGAACGAUGCAACUCCCCACGAUGAGCCGAACGUGGAGGAGAAAGAGGAGGCGAGCAAAGUGAUGAUUGAGAUUUAAGAUGUCAGAUGUAAGAUGAUGCGGUCCAUACCUGCAGUACUGCUGAUAUUGUUUGUUUUCUGGGACGCUACAAACGGAUUCCUGAUUCAAUCAUCAAACAAAUUGUUUUCUUCACAAGCUCCUCGAGGUUUACACCUCAAAAGGCAAACUUCUCCUCGAUUUCAGCGUCUUGUCACACAAGCAAAGCUCGGAGCGAUCAUCUUCGCUUGUGAUGGUGUGCUGGUAGACAGUGAACGGGACGGUCAUCGAGUUGCUCUUAAUGCUGCACUGAAGGAGGUGCGACCUGACCUGGAAUGUAGCGUCGAGGAAUACGGAAGGCUCCUACAAGUUCGUGGUGAAGAGAAACUCAGCAGGCUCUGGGAUGAGAUGGGAUGGGAUGGGAUGAACAUGGACCUGGCAAUUCAAAUAUAUAAUCGCAAAUCCGAAAUUUUUACCAAGAUGUUGGAAGACAAGAAACUACCUAUCAGGCCUGGCGUGUUGUCCUUGGUGGAUGAGGCGAUUGCUGCUGGAAUUCCCCUCGCAGUGUGUUCGAGCAACACUCAGAAGAACGUCGAGUUGAUCAUCGAAAGCAUGGGCCCUCAACGAGCAAAGCAUUUUUCAAUCUUUGCUGGAGGCCGAGUGGUUCACCGGAAGCCGUCACCGGACAUCUACAACCUUUGCAAGGGCUCCUUGUCCUUACACUCUGAAGACGUCGUCAUUAUCGAAGAUGACCUGGUUGGGUUGCAAGCAGCGAAAGCGGCGCAUUGUGCCUGCCUGAUCACCAAGUCAACAUAUUCCGUCAACGACGAUUUCAAGACAGCUGAUCUUGUUGUGGAUGAUCUCAAGUCAGUCGGUACCGUUCGACUUGAGCCUUGUUGGACCCUGAAUGAUUGA